AACAAGAGUUUCCACCUUCCCUACACUUGAGUUUCACUGUUACUUGUUCAGUUGCCACUUGCCCUUCAUGGACGUCGCCAUGUAGAAGAGAAAAUCGCUUUUCUUCUUCUUCAGAAGCUGAUUUUGCUUUGCUCUAAUUUCUCAGGGCUCUAGAUGGAUACAACUGACCAAAGUAACGGUGACUAUGCUCUUAUCAAGGAUUCUGAGGACCAACAAUUGGGAAAAUUUGACAAGCCACUUCCAUGUUUUGGGUGUGGAAUUGGAUGGUUCUCUCUUCUGCUAGGAUUUGUAUGCCCACUGUUGUGGUAUUAUGCUACAGUUCUCUACUUCGGAAAUUACUAUCGUAAGGAUCCAAGAGAGCGUGCAGGACUUGCUGCUUCUGCAAUUGCUGCUCUAGUUUUCACAAUUGCUGUGCUGAUAACAAUAUUUGUUAUUUUCUUGUAAUUUUUUUUUGUGAGUUUUGGGGGAUGGGGGGAAUCAUUUCUAAUAUCUGGUUUUGGCCAUUGGAAAAAUGAAGGUACCAAAGCUAGUUCCAUUAUGUGGACAUAGAGCUGUAUCUGUUCCCUUAUUACAUGUGUAUACACAAGGAUGAUGUAACUCAGGUUUUAUCAAAGGUUGUUUAUUCUCAUUAACUUAUUUUGGUAUGCAUGUAAGUAUAUUGGGACUGGUAAUUAGU